UUGAACUACAGAAAUGUUAACCUAAUUUUUCAUUCGAUUUUCCAUAAUGUCAAAAAAAUGUCAAAAAUAAAAAAUGCAUAAGCAAUAUUAAUUCAUGUCGUCUAUUUGGGAAAUGUCUAGACAUGGAUUUGAUUCAGUGAAAACGAGUAUUGAAAAUGCAACAGUUGGUUGUCAAAUUCGAACUCAGCCGAAACGUGAUGAAAGAUGAUUGCACCACCAACAGGAGAUGACUUGGUGGUUACAAAGAUCACGAAAAUGAGCGAUAGCGGCCUCAUCAUUACUCCAAAAAUUAACUGGAGGGAAUUUGCAUGUGGCUGGGGAGCUGCCUUCAUCAAUGUAACAAUUACUUACCCUGUGAACAAGCUCAUAUUCAGACAGAUGCUACAUGGUGUUAAACUACAACAUGCUUAUAGCCAGUUACAUUCAGAAGGGAUUCACUUCCUCUACAGAGGAAUCUUACCUCCAUUAUGCCAGAAGACUUUGUCUCUUUCAGUUAUGUUUGGAGUAUAUGAAGAGGUGCGACGGAGACUUGUCGACCAAGGAAUGAAUAGGUAUACAGCAAAAGCUGUUGCAGCACUGGCCUCGGGUACGACAGAAGUAAUCCUGAUGCCCUUUGAGAGAGUACAGACUUUGUUGGCAGACUCGAAAUACCACGACGAGCUGCGUAACACAGCGCACGCCUUCAAGGUACUCAAGAACUACGGGUGGCGAGAGUACUACCGAGGAUUCAUGCCCAUUUUGCUACGCAACGGGCCCUCGAACGUAGGAUUUUUCAUCAUCAGGGACGAACUGCAAUACAGACUGCCCAAGUAUAACAACCAAGUGUUACGAACUUGUUCCGAGUUCUGCUGUGGUGCUCUGAUCGGGGUGAUAUUAUCCGCGUUGUUUUAUCCUCUUAAUGUAGUCAAAGUUAGUAUGCAAAGUAAAAUCGGCGGGCCGUACGAAAAUGUCGUAGACGUGUUUUUAAAGUUGUACAAAGAGAGAGGUGGGAGAAUGAAAUACUUUUAUCAUGGGAUCCACCUGAAUUGUAUGAGGGCGUUUUUGAGUUGGGGUGUGAUGAAUACGGCCUACGAGCAUUUGAAAUCUCUCAUGUACUAGGUUAAGAUUGGCAAUCACUGUGCGGGAAAUUUUGAAAAAAGGUGCUUUGAGUGACCACCUCUGUCCUAGACGUCAUUUGAACAACUCACAGCACGCAUUUUCAGCAUGUGCUACAAUCCAGUGUAUGCGAUCUAUUUUAUGAAUGCUAUUGUAAUUCAAGAACUAAGAAUUUAUUAUUGCCCCUUAUAUAAAAAGUAAGUUGUAGAGGAUGGUGUUUUUGAACAUCAGCCAUCUGCAAUUUUUCUCCCACUUUAAAUGAGGGAGUGGAGCUUUAUAUCACAAACAGUAGCCAUGUUUGAUUUCGUAAGUACUUUAGAAGGCAUUAUUUUUUACCAAAUAUUGGAUAUGAAAACGGAACUUGAAAAACUAUUGCAUCUCACUUGGUACCAGACAGAUAUGAAAAGUCAUUUGAUAAACUCAUGUAUGUGGCCAUACUUGGUACCCUUAUUUUUUUUUUUGAUAAAGGGUCGAGGUUUGUAACUUAAGUGAUGAGUAUGAUUUCUUUAUUUAUUCCAACACAAUUUCAGUGCUGGAACUCCUAUACUGGAAUAGCCUUCAGCCAUUUGAAUGUUUUCGACUGCCCCUUGAGAUGAUAUUUUCAAAUUCAGGAAGAGAAAACAAACACAAGGCCUCAAGUUCUGGCGAAUAGGGAGACUGAGCAACCAUGCAACACCCAGUUGCUCUUGAUCUGCUGAACGGUGGUGUGAGUCAAAUUUAACUCUUCCCCAAUCGUUCUGACGAUCAAUCGACGAUCUGAACGCACAAGAUCCCGGAUUCUGUCAAUAAUCUCAUCAGUUCCUGAAGAUGACGUCCUCCGCUUCGUGGUUCACCUUCAAUCGACUCACUCCCUUCUGAAAAUGCCUUGACUACCGAAACACCUGGGCUGUUGAAAACUGUAGGCCUGCUGUUUAGAGUUUCCAUUGCACUAUGCUCGUCUAAAGCAAAACCUGAUAGCACACCGUUGCUCGAAAUUGAUGUCAUUAAUUCAUUCAACACAAUAGGAAAAACUGUUUCACAAAAAGAAACGCUACGGACAACCAAAUGACUCGAGCGAGUUCACACUUGUACUGAAAGUGGAACAUGUGUCCGGCGCCUCCAGUGUUGCCAGAUCGAACGCUACGUUGCCAGUCUCAUCACUUAAUUUACAGACCUGGUACAUCCUUGAUCUAAAGUGUCGCAGUGUGAAUGAACACAAAAUUGGACUUUAUCUUCCCAUAUAAUCCGUCGAUAUUGGUAAACAAAGUGUUUACACAAUCAAUAGCUAGAAUGCUACUUAUCUGUUCUGAAUUACCAUCAACUCUUGUCAUGUAAAAAUAGAAUGAAAUGAGCCAGUUGUCCAUUUAACAAAAGACCCUGCUGUAGUAGCAAAUCACCAUUUUUUGGAAUCAAGAUUUCCAAAAUUCGGAAAGCAGUGCAAAACUCAGGGUGGUCGCAGACGUUUCAUAAAUCUAAUUUUAUGUAAAAAAUAAAGGUUUGACAUUUCAAUGGUUAAAAAAAGGAGACUACCAACGGCCUUGGCUCGAACAUUUUUGUAUGUUAAUUUUGGAAGAUUCAUUGAAAAAAGAUCAUAAGAAUUCCAACAAAUUUUUUAGAGGUUCUGCGCCACCCUGAACAGCACAAAUUGUUAUGCUGCUAUUUUUGUGGUAUGUUGCAGCUGCUCCAAAUCACCUGUUCAGUCAUACUCUCUGAAGUUAGAAGAAGUUUUAAUAUAGAAAUUUGUGGAUAUGUCAGCUUCAGGUAGUAAACUUAACAGGAUGGUACCCUAAUAAGCUGCGUGUUUGAACCUCAAUCUUAUUGUCCAUCAGACACUCGUCAUUGUUAAUCAAUCUACAAGCAGAAUAUUAGACUAGACGUUCCUAUGUAACCUUCUAUCUGUGUGCAAUAUCCCAUAAGAAUAUCCACACUGCUACUGUUGCAAAAACUCCUUACACCCAUCGUGCUUUGAAAGUGUUUGACGUUGUAUCACAUUUUCCGAAAAUAUUUUGCUUAGAGGUUGGAAUAAAUAUAUUAAAUUUGAAAAAUGGUCAGUUUGCUUUACUGUCCGUUAUCGGAGAGCUACUAGGAAAUAUUUUUCUAUUCAUGUUUUUGUUGAGUUUUUAUAACAUAUUUUUUAUUUAUUUUUAAAGUGUAUUACUUUGUGAGUAUUGAUUAUACCAAAACUAGUUCAAUGAUGUGUUGUUUAGCUAAAAUUGAGGAUACUGUCGAAAUAAAUAAAACUGUUUUAUCCUGAUACUAGUUUUAUUUUACAAAGUAAACACAGAUGCUGUUACCAAUCAGGCGUGAUGAGACGGAAAACUAAAAAAUUGAACUCCUCCUGCUUUGGACAUCUAACAUUUAAGGGAGGCUCAGAAAUGAAAAG